AGAGACUUUAAAGAUGGAUGACGUUGCCUUCUCAAAUGGCUCUCUGAGCCGGCUUGGAGAAGACCAGCGUGUGCGCGUGGAGGACUAUCUCAACGACAAGCUCCAGAACACGGCCGAUCUGGAGUCCCUGGAUUCGCUCAUACAAGCUGUCAAGGAUCAACAGGCGCUGUUAAAGAAACAGCUCCAAGAAGCAGAAGACGCUCUGCGCACAGCGGACCAGGAGUCUGCCGCUCAUGCCUCGUCCCUCGCGCAUCGCGCAACGCUGUUUCAGCAGAAUCAGGCAGACAUUGAUCGUCGACUCAUGAUUGUUACUCACUCGGAGACUAGCGAUGAUGCCGUCAGACGGUUUGGUGAGACAAUGGAGAAGCUGCGGCGACUCGACCUUGCGAGUGGCUAUACGGAAUUGCUUCAGGAGGUUGAAGCUUUGAGCGCAGAGACACGCAACCAACUGAAAGAGUCCCCCGAAGCUGCACUUGCACCAUAUACCCGCCUACAGAGCUUGAUCAUGAGCCUAUAUCCCCUUCAUGCUGCCGCAGAGAGCGCAGCUCCGCAUCUGCUUGACCACGUUGAGCGGAUUGGCCGGACGUUGAAGGGUGAAAUGAAAGAUCACUUUAGCAAAAAGUUUGGAGAGCUACUUCAGAAGCUCAAUUGGCCUGACCGGGGGGUCACGGUUCCAGAAUACCUUGCGGAGACAUGGAAAGGCAGGAUCGAUAAUCUCCUAAACUUUCAGCAACCGGAGCUUGAGGCGCAAGAAAACCAGCCUGCCCGACGAUUCAAGCAACCGCCUGUUCUUCUGCCGUUCGAGGUCAUGGCAAAGCCGCUUGAGCUGCGUUUCAGAUAUCACUUUGACGGAGACAAGCCAACAAACAGACUAGAUAAGCCCGAGUAUUUUUUGACCCACAUACUAGGUCUGGUCAACACAUACUAUGAAUUUCUAAUGCAAAGCCUUGAACCUAUUCUUCGCGCCCAUUUCAAAGGGUCCAAUCUUGCGCUCAAUCCACUUUACAUUGAUGCUACUUCCGCCUUUAUCACUUCUAUUCUACCUAUACUCCGAUCAAAAAUCCACACUUUUCUCCCCCAGAUUGCUCGUCAGCCGCAAUUACUGAGUCACUUCAUGCACGAACUUAUGAGUUUUGAUGCGAGUCUGCGAGAUGAAUGGGGAUAUGACGCCGGUGCAGGAGCUGAAGGCUGGAAAGGGUUGACGUGGGAAGUAUUGGUCCAGGAAGACUGGUUUGGCCGAUGGCUCCAGGUAGAGAAAGAUUUCGCAUUGUCGAGAUACCACAAUAUUCUCGAGACAGCAGACAGCGGCGAGAUCGACUACGACAGCGUUGAUCCUGGAAUCACAAAGCCCACAAAAGCUGCUAUUCGAGUCAAUGAUCUGCUCGAAACUAUUACUGACCGCUAUCGGCCACUCUUGUCUUUUUCCCAAAAGCUGCGCUUUCUCAUCGAUAUCCAGAUUGCAAUUUUCGAUAAGCUUCAUGAACGCCUGCAUUCAAGCCUGGAAGCCUACCUCACUUUAACAUCUUCCAUUGGCCGUACGGUACAAGGAGUUACCAGGGAGGACCAAACUAAGCUCCAGGGUCUCGGUGGAUUGGAAAGGCUCUGCAGAGUCUACGGCAGCGCCGAGUAUCUCGAAAAAGCCAUGGGUGACUGGAGCGACGACGUGUUCUUUCUCGAACUCUGGGAAGAGCUCCAAGAUCGCGCCCGGCAAAGCACUGGUAAAAAUCUCGCCGGCCCAAUGAGCAUCAAGGAUGUCGCCGAACGGACAUCCAGCGCCGUAGGCUCCGAAGGCGACACAGGGGCAUUAUUCGAUGAAACUGCAGGCGCAUAUCACCGUCUACGGGUCCGUGCCGAGAACAUUCUCAUCGAUACAAUGACAUACAAUGUCCGUGAAGCCUUACGACCAUAUGGAAGAGUCAAUCCCUGGUCGUCCCUCUCUUCCGAAUCCGACUCCGCAGCCUCAGCCAUCACCCCGGAAAUCGAGCCCGUGAUCCAGCUCCUCUCCACGCAGCUCUCUUUUCUCGCAAAUAUCCUUGCGCCCGCUCCGCUCCGACGUGUGUCCCGCCACGUCUGCCUCUCCAUCCAGUCUUACCUCUGGGACCACGUUCUCUUCCGGAACUCCUUUUCCACCACCGGCGUCGCGCAGCUCGCUCGCGACGUCGCCGCCAUCUGGGCUGUAAUCGACCGGUCUCUGGUCCAUGGAGACCGCAGUGUUUCCGCAGAGUCAUCAAUGCGCAAACUCAAAGAUGCAAUUGCAUUACUAAGCGUGCCCUUGAGGAAUUCGUCAACCGCGAGGUCGACUUCGACACCUCGGGCCCAAGACGAUGAAGAUGACCGUGCAGCCGCAGCAUGGGGCGAAGACGACGAAGCAGGAGCCCAGGCCGAGGAAAAGCCAGAUAUGCGUUCCGUUUCAAACGCAGGAGCAGACGAAGAGGGAGAGGUGCCGUACCUAGAAGACGUCGAGAAGCGCGUAUUCCAAAGCAACGAGAGCGCUCGCGAAGCGCUGCAUCUGCUUGGAUUAGAGCAUCUUUCCGAGAGCGAUGCGCGGUAUUUGCUCGAGCGGCGAUUAGAAUUAUCUGGGUGAUGCCUUCCUAGACUUUUAUCUUCUUUUUCUUCCUCAUUUUUUAUCACUUCCUCCCUAUUCCUUCACCUACUCUAUGAUUUCAUUCUGUCUGUUGUUCCAUCCGCUCUAUUCCUUCAUCCACUAUUAUCCCAUCCCGCCUGUUCCUUCAUCCCCUCUUACCAAUCCAAUCCUGU